AAUUCUGCAAGUGGUUCUGAUUCACUAUCGCUGUAUUCUAGCUGGUCUAAAAUCGCUUUUGACAUAAAGGGACGCUUUUUGGACGCCAUGGGCUUUUCUAACUUUCCAGGCAGAAAGAACAGUAAAAAUGCAGGCAGGGCACAGGACAAAGCAGUAGGGACAAAAUGUAUGUGAAAUGGCUUGAAACUUGAAUGUCAGUUUGUAAAAUGUUCAAAUUUCCCGCCGGUUCCGGCCCCCAUACGUGCCGUAUGUCCCGACGCUCACAGGGACCGGAACCCAAAAGACGGAUGCUGGCAUCGGCCGGAGGAGAUGGCCGGGAUUGCUGCAGGGGACACAU